UUUCCGCCAACACCGACGUCGAGCGUAAGGUGUGUUUUGCGGACUAUUCGCAAGGAAUGCUUCUUUACCGCUUAUAUAUGGUUUGAAAAUUGGACAACAACCGAGGGGAGUCGAGAAGAGCGCGGUUCCCCGGGAUAUUUUACAGAGUGAUGCCAGUGCCGGACCAACAGGCCUGUGACAGUGACAACGCCACCAUGCUCAGCCCAGUCCUCAACGCCUCCAACGGGGACGGCUCUGAGGCAGAGACCACCUCCGCUAUCCUGGCCUCCGUCAAGGAACAGGAGUUGCAGUUUGAGCGGCUGACGCGGGAACUGGAAGCUGAGAGGCAGAUAGUCGCCACCCAACUGGAGCGAUGCAAGCUGGGAUCUGAGACAGGCAGCAUGAGCAGCAUCAGUUCAGCAGAUGAGAAGUUUCGCUGGAAUAAUCAAGACGGUCAGAAGGACAUAGAGGAGGAGCUAACGACAGGGUUGGAGCUGGUGGACUCCUGUAUCCGCUCCCUCCAGGAAUCUGGCAUCCUCGACUCCCAGGAGUUCUCUACAGGCGACAGACAAGGAUUGCUAUCCCAGAGUGCACUGCAGCUCAACAAUCAGGAUGGGGGACUUGGUUAUUCUGCAGGUUACCACAGCAACCAGGGCCUAGCUCUUGGGGAGCAGGUCACACCCCGCAGUGGUCAGGUGGGCGGGGCCGUUCACAGCUACAACCAGGUGACAUCUAACCGGGCGGCGGCUCAGCUGGCAGCAGGCGACUCCCCCUCUCAGUCCCAGUCUCAAGACCCCUUCGCCCCCAGCCAUGCCAGCGCAUUCCACCUGCCCGACGGCCCGCCCCCUGGAGGCCCCGGCAUGUACUACUCCUGCGCCACCCUGCCCGCCCAGCGUGUGAGCUCUCCCCUCUCCAUGCAGGCUGUGGGCUCCCCCACCAAGCUCCAGAGGCUGGGCUCCUCUUCAGACAUGCCCAGCUACGCAACCCUCCAGCGGGUCUCCUCCCCCAAGCAGUCCCCCAGUCGCCUGGCCAAGUCCUACAGCACCAGCUCCCCCAUCAACAACCUGUCCGGUCUGGGGCCCUCCUCCUCCCCGGUCCACAUGGGAGCCAUGGCCGCGGGGUCAUCCCCCCUCCACCACCUCAGCUCCACCGUGGGAAACUACGCCACCCUGUCGCCCACCAAGCGCAUGCUGCACUCGGCUGCAGCCGACGGGUACAAGAUCUCCCACGAGCUGUAUGCCAACGCCACGUUGCAGAGGCCCGGCAGCCUGGCAGGUUCUAGGGGGUCCUACAGCAGCCAGCACAGUCACCUGGGCUCAGAACUACGCCCCCUGCAGUCCCCGGAGCACCACAUCGACCCCAUCUACGAGGACAGGGUUUACCAGAAACCCUCUCUCAGAGGCCUCAACCAGGGACAGGCCCCGUCCUCCCCCGGUGUUGACUCCAUACCCUUGCAGCGCACAGGAAGUCAGAACGCCACAGGGACCUAUCAGAGGGCCAGCUUUGCCACCGGCGCCGGCGACUAUGGCAACCCCUACCGCACGCUCCAGUUCUGUCCCUCCACCGAGUCCCCCUACAGCAAGUCAGGCCCCGCCCUUCCCCCGGAGGCUGCCCUCGCUCGCUCCCCGUCUGUGGACAGCAUCCAGAAGGACCCCAGGUACGACCCUGAAUUCCUUGUGUGGAAUCAAAAUCAAGCCGAGCAAAGAAUGACAAAGGAGUUUGGCUGGCGGGACCCAGAGCUGCCGGAGGUGAUCCAGAUGCUGCAGCACCAGUUCCCCUCGGUCCAGUCCAACGCUGCGGCCUACCUGCAGCACCUCUGCUUUGGAGACAACAAGAUCAAGUCUGAGAUCCGGAGACAAGGCGGGAUCCAGCUGCUGGUGGACCUACUGGAUCACCGGAUGACGGAUGUUCACCGCAGCGCGUGUGGAGCACUGAGGAACCUGGUUUACGGCAAAGCCAACGACGACAACAAGAUCGCCCUGAAGAACUGCGGGGGGAUCCCAGCCCUGGUGCGUCUCCUCAGGAAGACCACCGACGUGGAGAUACGAGAGCUGCUCACAGGCGUGUUGUGGAACCUGUCAUCGUGCGACGCCCUGAAGAUGCCCAUCAUCCAGGACGCCCUGGCGGUCCUGACCAACGCCGUCAUCAUCCCCCACUCGGGUUGGGACACGUCGCCCCACCAGGAGGACCGCAAGCUGCACCUGCACUCCUCCCAGGUGCUCCGCAACGCCACCGGCUGCCUCAGGAACGUGAGCUCGGCAGGAGAAGAGGCAAGGAGGAGGAUGAGGGAGUGUGAGGGUCUGACAGAUGCUCUGCUCAACGUCAUCCAGACCGCCCUGGGCAGCAGCGAGAUCGACAGCAAGACCAUUGAGAACUGUGUGUGCAUCCUGAGGAACCUGUCGUACCGGCUGGCGGCCGAGACGUCCCAGGGCCAGCAGGUGGGCAGCGAGGAGCUGGACGGCCUGCUGUGUGCCGACGCCAGCGGGAAGGAGGGCGAGAGCUCCGGCUGCUGGGGCAAGAAGAAGAAGAAGAAGAAGGGGCACGACCAGUGGGAUGGCGUGGGUCCCUUCCCCGACUCGGCGGACCCCCCGAAAGGUAUCCAGAUGCUGUGGCACCCCACCAUCGUGAAGCCCUACCUCACCCUGCUGUCCGAGUGCUCCAACCCAGACACCCUGGAGGGGGCGGCGGGGGCUCUGCAGAAUCUGGCCGCCGGCAGCUGGAAGUGGUCGGUGUACAUCCGUGCGGCGGUGCGUAAGGAGAAGGGCCUGCCCAUCCUGGUGGAGCUGCUCAGGAUCGACAACGACCGCGUGGUGUGUGCCGUGGCCACCGCCCUCAGGAACAUGGCUCUGGACGUCAGGAAUAAAGAACUCAUCGGUAAGUAUGCGAUGAGAGACCUGGUUCACCGGCUGCCGGGGGGCAACAACAACAACAGCAGUGGAGGAGGAGGCGGAGCCAGCAGUGGCCUGGGCAAGCCCAUGUCGGACGACACGGUCACAGCCAUCUGCUGCGCGCUGCACGAGGUCAUCACCAAGAACAUGGAGAACACCAAGGCUCUGAGAGACGCGGGAGGCAUCGAGAAGCUCAUCGGCAUCGCCCGGAGCAAAGGAGACAAACACACGCCUAAAGUGGUGAAGGCGGCCUCGCAAGUCCUCAACAGUAUGUGGCAGUACAGAGACCUCCGCAGCCUCUACAAGAAGGAUGGAUACUCUCAGUAUCAUUUCAUUGGCUCCUCAUCUACGAUAGAGAGAGAUAGACAACGACCUUACUCCUCCUCUCGAACCCCAUCCAUCUCUCCUGUACGGACGUCGCCCAAUAAUCGAUCAGCGAGCGCCCCAGCUUCUCCACGGGAGAUGAUGGCACUCAAGGAGAGAAAGACGGACUACGAGUCGACAGGCACCAAUGCCAGUUACCAUGGAAACAAGGGCGAGCACACUUCUAGGAAAGACGCCAUGGCAGUUCAAAUCUCCAGUGGAACGUCCACAUUGUACAGGGGAGCCUAUGUGUCUCCUACUGAUGACCUCAAACACAACCAGGCCAACCCCUCAGAGCCCUACCCUCCUUUCCAGAACCCUCCGGGAGCAGGCGGAGCCUACGAGGAGUCCUUCUAUGAGGACCAAGUGCACCAGCGCCCCCCGCAGGGAGCUGACCUCAACAUGCACCUGGGCCUCAAGUCCACCGGCAACUACGUGGACUUCUAUUCAGCUUCGAGACCAUACAGCGAGCUCAACUACGAGACCAGCCACUACCCAGCAUCCCCAGACUCCUGGGUGUAGGAACGGGGUGAGGGAGGAUUGGGGGGGGGGGCUGU